GGUAAAGGCAUUGCCAUGAAACCUAACUUGAAGCAAUGGAAACAACUCAUGCUGUUUGGGAUCUUUGCAUGGGGCCUGCUUUUUCUGGUGAUAUUCAUCUAUUUUACAGAUAGCAACAGUGCUGAGCCAGUUCCGAGUUCCUUUUCGUACAUUGAACCUAAGAGGCUUCUGCCCCUUCAGGGCAAGCAGAGAGUCAUCAUGGGAGCCAUUCAUGAUCCAUCAUUCUCUGAAACCAUUGAUGGGAAUGAGGUACUUCUUAAUGAAGAUCUCUUAGGUACAUUUAAAUCGGGGACUGGAAGUAUUAAGAAAUGGACUGAUUUGGAAGAUGCCUUCAGAAAUGAAGAUGAGUUUUUUCCAUCCCAGAUAGGAAGAAAAUCAAAAAGUGCUUUCUACCAAGUGAAUGAUGACGAUUAUUUAUUUGCUGCUGGUCAGCCUCGGUCACACAACCACCUUCAAGAGAUAGCAAAAUUCAUCUCAGCCGAUGAGGAUAAUCCAAAAGUAAAUAUUUUACAGAACAGCUGGAGCCAUCAGAGAAGAAUGAGGAGAAGGAGCACAACAAAGCACAGGAGAAGCCAGAUGCUUGAUGAAUCUGAUGACUGGGAUGGGCUAUAUUCCACAAUGUCGAAAUCCUUUCUUUACAAGCUUUGGAAAGGGGAUGUCUCUUCCAAGAUGCUAAACCCUCGACUGCAGAAGGCGAUGAAAGAUUAUUUGAGCACCAAUAAGCAUGGGGUGCGGUUCAAGGGGAAACGAAAUGCCAAGUUGACAGGAGACCAGCUAUUCUGUGAGCUAAAAGAAAGGGUGAAUGUGAAAACAAUAGAUGGCAAGGAGGCUCCUUUCUCUACUCUUGGAUGGGAAAAGCAUGUUCCCCAAAUUCCACUGGGCAAAUUGUACACACAUGGCUUUGGGAGCUGUGCCGUAGUUAUGUCUGCUGGUGCAAUACUGAACUCCUCUCUGGGGGAUGAAAUAGAUUCUCAUGAUGCCGUUCUAAGAUUUAAUUCUGCUCCAACACGUGGCUAUGAAAAAGAUGUUGGAAAUAAAACAACCAUGCGGAUCAUUAACUCUCAGAUUCUCACCAACCCAAACCAUCACUUUGUCGACAGCUCCUUGUACAAAGAUGUUAUCUUAGUAGCCUGGGAUCCUGCCCCCUACUCUGCAAAUCUGAAUGUGUGGUAUAAGAAGCCGGACUACAAUCUGUUCACUCCCUAUGUACAGCAUCGCAGGAAGAAUCCAAACCAGCCGUUUUACAUUCUCCAUCCAAAGUUCAUAUGGCAGCUCUGGGACAUCAUUCAGGAGAACACUAAAGAGAAGAUACAGCCCAACCCUCCCUCUUCAGGUUUUAUCGGUAUCCUCAUCAUGAUGUCCAUGUGUAACGAAGUGCACGUGUACGAAUACAUCCCUUCAGUCCGACAGACCGACCUAUGUCACUACCAUGAACUCUACUACGAUGCGGCUUGUACCUUAGGGGCCUACCACCCACUGCUCUACGAGAAGCUUUUGGUGCAGAGGAUGAACAAAGGUUUGCAGGAUGAUCUGUAUCGGAAGGGAAAAGUCAUUUUGCCAGGGUUCAAAGCUGUCAAGUGCCCCGAACGAAAUAAUUUCUCACACUUGUAGAAGAGAGUCCUUCAGAAACAAUGUGCAAUAAGGUACUACUGUCGUACUAUAAACAAGAAGAGAAUACUUGAAAAAUGUAUCUUAGACCAAUCUAGUCUUGAGUCUAUAAAUUGUAAUUAAGUAGCAGGCAUGAGAAAUACUUCUUUUCUAAGCCUGAGUAUUUAUUACUGCUUUGCAAAUAGUUAAAGAAAAAAAAAAGGCUUAGCUCAUGAAAGGUGCAAAGGACCUACUUAGGCAGAAAUAUAAUGUAUUGUGGGUGUGACUGUCAGAAUUUGUGGGUGGUCUCUUAUGCCACAUAUGCUAGACUGUAACCUUUUUUUUAAAUGAACUUAUUUAACUGUUAAACCUGGCAUUGUGAAACAGCCUCUAUUGUUCAUGUACAGAGCGGCCAGUUGGAACAAUGCAGCGUUUCUCAUGGCUCCAUGGGAUUUUCACACUCUCCAAGAAUGAAGUAUUCGCUACUCCGAGCUGUGCAGUCAUUGACUAGAGUAGACUUUAAUUCCCGUUCAUAUGCGGGCCCAGUUACAAGCCUUCAGCUGUACAGGGGGCCUUAUGGUGGCUGUGAAGUCAGAGCAGAUGGGAGGUGGCUGUACACACAGCUAAACUACUGGGUGUACUUUUGAUGCCAGACCCCCAUGCUCACACUGACUGCGCAGGGCAGAGGGAAA